AUGGAGGGCUCGUCUGUCUUUAUUCACCAUGGACCCUAUGAAUCUAUUCCCGAAAAUGCAUCUCCAGGUUUGCAAUUCCUCAGUCGUUUCAUGCCCGCCGUUGACGAGAUCAGUCCCCAAGGGUCAGAGCACCCGAUCAAGAAGUUCUUCAACCCAAAUGCACCUAUAAUCAUCGACAACAACCCUCCGAAUCCAGCAUCUUCCGCACUUCCACUACUCGAAGUGCGAAGCCGACACCUCACGUAUUUCAGACAUGAAGUCCAUAUAGCCUGGGAUAUGGAUCUGGGUAACGCAGCCACUCAUACAGCCACGAUCGACGCCAAUCGCUCAGACCCUCGAUCCCAGAUCAAUAAAUUUGAAUCGGGAAAUCCACAUAGCUCCGGAUCUUCUCAAUCUCCCAUGAAACGCACCGUUAUGUUCGAAGCAACUUCCGAAACCAUAUUCAAAGAUGACCCAGAUGACUUCCUGAUUAAAAUCCGCGAAUUCAACAUCCUCGACCUUGAGGGUCCAAGUAAUGAUGAUCUCCAAGUAGCAGAGAUGCGAAUAUUUCUUGAUGCAAGACCUGUUCAAGCACGCGCUGCUUCAUUACAAAUGGAAUCGGCAUUUGGGGAAGCGCAACGGGAGACACAAGUGGAGUGA